GGGAAUCCUAUUCAGAUUCCAACUCAUCCCACAAAUAUAUAGUUAUAUACAUUAUGCAUUGAAUCCAUUACCUGAGAAGAGAAGUUUACACAGAUACAUAGUUAUAGAAGGACAUAAACACAGAUAUACUAUACCCACCCCCAUGCAUUGAAUCCAUUACCGGAAAAGGGAAUUCAAUCUGGAUUCCAUCUUAUCACAAAUUCCUCAGAAGAAACCCGACGUGAAAGAACAGAGCAAACGAAGAACAAGAUCAAGGGGGGGAGGGCAGUUUCCUCUGAAACUCCGAGAUUUUCUUGGGGAAAAAAUCGAAACUUUCCGGGAACCCAGAUCCGAGAAAUAUGAAGUUUGGGCGAGAUUUCGAGGGUCAGAUGAUCCAAGAAUGGUGUGAAGCUUACGUCGAUUACCGCGCCCUCAAACUCAUCCUCAAACAGAUUCUCCGCUUCCGACAUCGAGACCCUGCUUUUCGACGCUUUCCUCCUACUCCCCCUCCUCCUCCUCCGGCGCCGCCGUCCUCCACCACCGCCUCCGUAAACAACUCCGCCGGAGGCGGCGGAGGAUUGACGAGGAGGAUCUCUCUCUACCGUGCCUUCAGUGGCCUCACGAACCGAGCCAAAGGGUCACCGAGGAAACGAGACAAGCACAACCACCAUCAUAAUCACCAUUACCAUCUCUUCGACGACGAAGAAGAGCAAGUGAUUCUGAUAACGGAGGACGAGACGGCGAACUAUACGACGACGUUUCUGAACUCGGUUGAUGAUGGCGGAGAACUGGAGGUAAUGUUUUUCCGGCGACUCGACGGAGAGUUCAACAAGGUCGUGAGGUUUUACAAGCAGAAAGUGGAGGAAGUUAUGGAGGAAGCCGACGAACUUAGCAGACAAUUGAAUGUACUCAUUGCUCUCAGAAUCAAAGUGGAGAACCCCAUGGCGAAUCUUCCCGACAUUAAUGGCAUCCACUCUUCCCCCGUUUCUCCAGAACAUCAGAGCAAUAGGGUUCCAGACACUUCACCAAUGGCCACCAUUAAAGAGCAAGAACAAGGCGAAGAAGAGACAUCAGUGGAUGGAAAUCGAAACAAGGGCUUCAAACCAGCUCCAUUGGAAAUGUUAGAUAAUGUAAAGAUCAACAUCAAGCCCGAAACUCCAUUGACGAUGCUCAAAUGCAUGAUUUCGAGCCUUACAUCCAAGCAAACCUUCAGCAAGUCCGAGCUCAGGACAGCAGAGGAGCUUAUGUCCCGUGCCUUUGUCGAGUUUUACCAGAAGCUGAGGUGUCUGAAGAGUUACUGCUUCUUGAAUCAGAUGGGGUUUUCAAAGAUACUGAAGAAGUAUGACAAGAUUACUUCGAGGAAUGCAUCGAAAUCUUACUUACAUGCUGUCGAUAACUCGUACCUGGGCACCAGCGAAGAGGUGUCGAGGCUCAUGUCCCGAGUGGAAGCUACGUAUAUUAAGCAUUUCGCCCAUGGAAAUCACCGGGAAGGAAUGCGAAGUCUGAGGCCGAAAGCAAAGAGGGAAAAGCACAGAAUCACUUACUUUCUCGGCUUCUUGUCAGGAUGCACUGUCUCGCUUGCUAUUGCCAUUAUUGUUCUUGUACAUAUACGGAAUCUGAUGAGCAGUGAGGGUCGGCAUCAAUACAUGGAAAACAUAUUUCCUCUUUACAGCUUGUUUGGGUUGGUUGCACUGCAUUUGCUAAUGUAUGCAGCAGACAUAUACUUCUGGAGGAAAUGCCGGGUGAACUAUCCGUUCAUCUUCGGGUUUGAACAGGGAACUGAACUAGGUUACAGAGAAGUGCUUCUUAUAGGCUCUGGUCUGGCGGUUCUUGCAUUUCUCGGCGUCGUAUCCAAUCUCGACAUGGAAAUGGACCCGAGAACAAAGAGUUUCAGUGUCAUUACUGAACUCGUCCCUCUAGCCCUUCUCAUCAUUUUGACAUCGAUCUUGUUCUGUCCGUUCAAUAUAAUAUAUCGCUCGAGUCGGUAUUACCUCAUCAGAUGCAUCUUCCAUUGUCUUUUAAGUCCUUUGUACAAGGUUGUUCUUCCGGACUUCUUCCUCGCAGAUCAACUCACAAGCCAGGUCCAAGCUUUCAGAAGCUUAUUAUUCUACAUCUGCUACUACGGCUGGGGAGAUUUCAAGAGAAGAUCGAACAAAUGCUACGAGAGUGACGUUUACAGGCGGUUUUACAUCAUCGUCGCCAUUAUCCCCUACUGGUUCCGCUUCGCCCAGUGCAUAAGGAGGAUGCUUGAGGAAAAGAACAAGGACCACGGCCUGAACGCGCUCAAGUAUAUGUCGACGAUAAUCGCGGUGGCAACGAGGACGUUGUUCGAAUGGCGUAAGGGGACGUACUGGUUAACGGUAGCGGCCACGACCUCGAGCAUAGCGACAGUUUUCAACACGGUUUGGGACCUCGUCCACGACUGGGGACUCAUGAACCGUAAUUCCAGGAACCCCUGGCUCCGUGACAAGCUCCUCGUCCCGUACAAGAGCGUCUACUUCGUCGCCAUGGUGGUGAACGUGGUGCUAAGGCUGGCGUGGAUGCAGUCGGUGUUGGGGAUAAGAGAGGCGCCAUUCUUGCACAGAAGGGCAUUGCUCACCGUAGUUGCCAGCUUAGAGAUUCUUCGUCGUGGCAUUUGGAACUUCUUCAGGUUGGAGAAUGAGCAUUUGAACAACGUGGGGAAAUACAGGGCCUUCAAGAACGUGCCUUUGCCUUUUCACUACCAAGAACUUGGAGGAGCAAAGAGAGUGUAACCCUAAACAAAGAAAGAGGAAAGAACCAAAAUUUUGAUCACUUAAUUCUAUAUAUAUAUAUAUAUAUAUAUAUGUAUGUAUACACAUUAUGUUAUACAUUUAUACAUUAUAUAUU